CUCCCCGCUCCCGGCCGCCCCUGAGCCGCGGGCCCCCGCGCGCCCCCGCGCGCCCCCGCCAUGGGCAUCCUCUUCACCAGGAUCUGGAGGCUGUUCAGUCACCAGGAACACAAAGUUAUCAUCGUUGGUCUGGAUAACGCAGGAAAGACUACCAUUCUUUAUCAGUUCUCAAUGAAUGAAGUGGUGCACACAUCCCCUACAAUAGGAAGUAAUGUGGAAGAAAUAGUGGUGAAUAAUACCCGUUUCCUAAUGUGGGACAUUGGCGGACAAGAAUCUCUCCGUUCUUCGUGGAACACUUAUUACACCAAUACGGAGUUCGUAAUAGUUGUGGUGGACAGCACAGACAGAGAGAGGAUUUCCGUAACCCGAGAAGAGCUCUACAAGAUGCUUGCGCAUGAGGAUCUAAAGAAAGCUGGUUUGCUGAUCUUUGCUAACAAGCAAGAUGUUAAACAAUGCAUGACUGUUGCAGAAAUCUCCCAGUUUCUGAAACUAACGUCUAUUAAAGAUCACCAGUGGCACAUCCAGGCUUGCUGUGCGCUCACCGGGGAAGGAUUGUGCCAAGGACUCGAAUGGAUGAUGUCAAGACUUAAGAUCAGAUGAUCACUGCUGACCUCUUUUUCACAGACGUUGCAUAUUUGAAGUGCUGGACUAUAAUUAACCUGAAAGCUGCAAAAACUAGUGGGCUAGGUAUAUUUAUAAUAAACUGAUUUACAGACUUUUUCUAGAAGAAGCAACAGUUAAGACCACUUUGAAAACAAAGAUGGACGUUCCGGUUUGGUUUCACGUGGAUUUCUUCCAAAGUUAGGUCUUAAAGCUGCGAUUGACCUCUCUCUCUCUCUCUCUCUCACGAUGAAUCCUCUCAGGACAUUGUGUAGUCUGUGGUGAGUAUAAAAGGAGAGGAAGGAACUUAUUUUUUUUUAACUUUACGCUUUGUCAGUAUAACCCCUCCCUCGUUGAAUGUUGUCCACUUCUUGUUCCAAUAAGUCAGAAAGCAAAUCAAUGGCAUGUAUAUUGACCUUCCAGUAUUUUCAAAAUGUAAUCCUACAGAUAAGAAUAUGUUUGGCAUAGGCUUUGUAUGUUCAUUGCGUCUAGUCCUCAGGUUUAGAUUAACUACUUUGAUUUCUGAUCAAGAGGAAAAUGAAUAACCUACAUACGUUGGCCUGGAGUAAGAGGAGAUGUAACUCUGAUGGAGGAAAUACGCCAUUCUCACAUUCUCUUGCAGGCUGUCCGUAUUUUUCUAAUUUACCCCAGAUCGGGAACCCUUUGAGUUCCCACAUCUCGGGUAACCAAGAAUCCGAUCACGACCCAGCGGAUUGGAAAAUGUCAUUCUUUUCGUCGGUUUCAUGCUUGCACCGGUAGGAAGAGGAGAGUUAAGUGGAACAGUGGGAUGAAGUGGUGGCUCGCCUUUUUCCACUAUGUCUCUUAUUUUGGAGCUGAUGUAAUUUCUGGUAAUCUUAAAUGUGUAUUCAGUGAUGAGAAUUCAGUGGGUGGGUUUUCAAGAUCAAUAACGGGGGAAAAGAUACUCUAUGAAUAUAAGUAUAUAUAUAUAUGUAUGUAUGUGCGCGCGUGUAUUUCAAAAAAUGUAUUCGGAUCCAAAGAAUCGACCCCAAAUUUGCCCCAGAGAUUUUGGAAAAUGAUAUUGAAAGGAUUAUUUGCGCAUGGAUGCUCAGCGGUCCUCUGAGAUUUCUCAAGCAGUGUGAUUAAGAUCCGUGAGAGAUGUGUACUGGUCAGGCAACAGAGAUUUUUGAGGCUCCUGAUGACUCCCGGCGGCUCCCGCAGUCUGUUGGUUGAGAGAAGUUCAUCUGCACCCUGUUUUGUUUUUCCACUGCGUUGGUGUUUCGAUAAAUUUGAAAUUACUGCUAAAAUGCCUUAUGCUUUUCACCCGCCUAAAAGUUGCUUAACAAGCCAGAAGAAGGGGAAUUCUUUUGAGUUCUUUGAAAAGCAGUUUGAUUUCAGAUUGGUUCUGAACAGUGGGAUGUUUUUGCAGAUGGUCUGACCAACCACCAAGCUCGGCGGACUUUGGUGCAGGUCAGCUUAUUGGUUAGAGCUGUUAUGUUUUUGUGGAGGGUUUCUUUUCUCUUUUUCUUUUCUUCACAGCAACAAAAUGCAACCCUCCGCCAUAAAACGUGAACUGCCUCUCUCCCUAACCUAUAAAAUGAAAGUACUCACAUUGAUUAUAUUCACAUCUCUACUUCUCUAAAAUUUCAAAAUUGUUCCUCACUAGCAUUUCAGAGAAUUUGCAAAAAAUAAUAUAAAAAGUGAGUACCAACCGGCCUUUUCAGGGGUUCUGGGUGUUAUGUCAGGGAAUCAGUGGUUCAUGAUCUGAAUAGUGACAAAUUUAGAGUUUGUCUAAGAAGAUACCUUAGGGAACUAAUAAAACGAAAACUCUUACUUGAAGGAUAUCCAUGGAUAAAUGAAAAACGUACUGUUAGGUUGUUCAAGUUUUCCUAAUAGCCUGUAUCGUUUUUAAAGUGGAACUCUUGUUUUUAAUGAUAUGAUGAUAUGCAGGUCACUUUAUGUUUUUUGCCAAGUGAAUCAUAAAUAAAUUUUUAAAAAUUCAAUAUUCACACUUUUUUUCAUGGCCAGGUAUUAGCAUAGUGUUUUCAUGUUAAGUAUUUAUCUUUAUGCAUUUGUCUGAUGACCCAACUUCUUCGGUAAAUCCUAAUAAAAGGAAGAGUCACUGCACGCCUUUCGCCCUUCCUAACCAAUCAGUUAGAAGUAUUUAUUGAGAGCUCUGAACUAAACUCUUGGGAGAGUACAGUAGAGAGGGAAGGGUGAGAUUUAAAAAAAUUAGUAUUGUUAUUAUUGUUUGCCUCUCAUUCAGGAAGUCACCAGCCUAUACUAUGGUCUUACUGUCUUCUAAAUCCAAUUUUAUGCAGAUCGAUAAAAAGUAUUGAAAAUUUGGGUCGAGUCAUGCCCAAAGUGUGAUUGUCCAUAAACGCGCGCGACAAGGUGACUUGAUUUUCUCUUGCUCCAGUGCAGGCUACCACGAAUGUGACAAGAGAAUGCAUUCAGGGAUUACAGAGUACAUAAACUGUCAAUCAUAAAGACAGGCCACUAUCUUGAGACGGGUUUUUUUUGUUUCUGUUUGGUUUUUUGUUUUUGAUUGGGACAUCUGACACUACCAUUAUUUGACCCCAAACUGUUUUAAAUGGAAAAAAAAAACAAAGUCUAGUUCACAUGUGAAAAGCCAUCUUGAUAGAGUUGAAAUUUGCAAAGUUCAUGUUACUUUUCAAAAAGUCUUCUCAAAUAGACCCAAUCCGCAUUUUUUUUUUUUUACUAUUUUAUGGAAUUAGCUGAGAGGAAUGCUUCGCUUUAGGCAAAGCCUUGUUUUAAAAGUGAUACACUACAUUGGUAUUCUGAUAAAGGGAAGCUUCUUGAGUUAUAAUUCAAAGUAAAAGCGUGUGGUUAAGAAUUGACAAUUUCAAUAAGAAACUUGUGAACAAUCAGAUUUUAAAAAAUUUUUUCUACCCUUUAAAGGCUGGUCUUUCAGACCUUUUCGGGUAACACUCACAGUGCUUUCUCCUAAUGUUUAUUUUAAGAAGGUAAAACAGCUGUCUGGGAAGCAGCGCGUGCUUUAUGUGCACUUUUCAAAAGAAAUGAGAGUAAUGGGCCGGUUUACUGUAAUUGGAUUUAUGAGAUGAAGAACUUUGGUAAAAUAUUCAGAAAUUUUGAACUUCGUAUCUUCCAUUGUGACUUGAAAGUUCUCUCCUUCAAAAACAAAACUUUUCAAAGAAAGAAUGCAUCACCACGUACGGACUCCAAAGGAUAGUCGAUUAUAGUGUCUCUCUGUCACUGAUAGAGCGGUUGAAAAAAAGGAAGACAAAUUGGAAAUUGAAGAAGCCAAGGAUUAAAAAUGACUAAGCGUGUAUUUAUAAAAUAGCUUGUGGAAAGGUGUCUGGAUACCUGAGGUUAGUCAUACAGUGUUUAUAUCGGUUCUUUUCUCGUGUAUCGUGCUGAAAAAUUUCUUCCUUCAUGUUCAUGUCGGUUGGAUGUAUUUUAUUUGAUAGGGACAUUUUUACAGUAUGUUCAAGAAGUGCCUAAAACUGAUUUGUGAUGACCAUUAAAGUAUAUCUAAUAAAUAAUGUGGAUCUUA